AGAAAGAAGAAGACGACGAAGAAGAACAAGAACAAGCCCGCUGUUCCUGUCCGCGACUGCUUCUGCGAGGAUUCCAAUGGAGCCCAGACGCAGUUCGCCCGAAUUGGAGCCUAUACCUCCGCGAAGCAUCUCUGCAAUGCGCCCGCUGCCAAUGAAGAUCGGUACGCUGUACCAGUCUCAGCGGCACAUCCUCUCGAGUCCGCCCCCGCCUCCUGAGCGCCCCAAACUGGGAACGAAGGCCACCGUGGUGGCCGCGCUGCUGGCAGUCGCAGUCGCAGUCUGCGUCGGGUCCGCCGUCGCUGUCCCAAUCGCACGGCGCAUGCGGCGAGCUGCCCAGCUCGUCGGUCUGUGCGACACCACGGCGUGCACCUCGUACGCUCGCAUGGUGGCGCAAAGCACUUCGGGAUCGGUCAACCCGUGCCACAACUUCUACCGCUUCGUCUGCGAAGGCUACGCCAACUCGUCGCGCUCGGUGUUCCGGGACCACGUGGACACCUUCACGGGCCUCGUGUCACGCUCGCUGCGCACAGCCGUGGCGCCGGGGUCGGCGCAGAGCGCCUUCGAAAAGGCCGCCGUCUUCUACCAGUCGUGCGUCGCCGUGGUCGCCGAAAGGACAAACCAGUUCGACCAGUUCAGAGGUAUCAUGGAAGACGCCGGUAUCAUGUGGCCCCGAGUCGCGCAGACACCCGAGCUUAUGGCCUCGAUGCUCAAGAUGGCCAUCACCUUGAACCUUUUCACCAUAGUGUUCUUCGCCGCCGAUAGCGACGUCGGAAAGUGCCGCAUCGAGAUCUGGAAGGGAGACAUCCUGGAGUACAUGAAGCGACGUCGCCGCGAGCUCGAGGCCGUCGGCAAGUACGAGAUGUACUACGAAUCUUUUUCCCGUAUCUUCGGUGUCGACGAUGAGAGCGCAAUUUCUACGAACAGUGUUCCUUCCAGAAACGCAUCGCUGAACUUCGAGCAAUUCCUCCAGACCGAGAACGUCGUCUUCCACUACCUUACUGGCCGCAAGCACUCUGUGAAGGCAGUCUUCGACAACAUCGCGAAGCUGCAUCGCGUAUCGCCGUCUAUUUCGGCGUGGCGCUGGGCAGACGUGUUUAGGCAAAUGAUGGGGAUGCCCUCGGCAGGGACGCACAAUGCGUCAUCGCUGAUCCUGCCGUGCUCGCAAGAGAUCACAGUUUGGGACUUGCAGUAUCUUCGCUCUCUAGACGACGCGCUGCUUGCGGUGGGCUGGCACCAGCUUCAUUUCUACUACGGAUGGACCGUCGUUCAAGUUCUGGCACGCUUCAUGUCCUACGGCCUCUCGGUCAUGAGCCACGGGAGCGUCAAAGCAGCGCGAGAUGAGUCACCGCUCCACUGCCUGAGGCUCACCGAGAGCACCAUGGGACUGGUGGUGUACCAGCGCUACGCGGCCACCGAUUUCAACAGAGACACGCGACUGGAGCUGCACGAGAUGGUGAACGUGGUGUACGCCGCGCUUCUGCGCAUGCUCCAGGCCAACCCGGAUCUGGACGUGCGCGAGACGUCGAUAGACCUGCGACUGCUUGAGAGCACGCUUCUUCCCAAGUUCGAGAUAAUCGAGGACGAAGCGAAGCUGGACAGACUGUUCGCCGACGUCCCCGCCAUGGCGAAAGACUCGUUCGCACAGAACUGGCAGCAGCUCCAGCAGGCGCUGCGGCGCAUGAGUCCCGCGGUGCGACAGGCUACCCGAUCGUUCUAUCUGUCAGCCACCGCGACGGCCAGCGGGUACUCGAUCCACCGAGCGAGCGACAGACGAGAGCUGGGCCUAGCACCUUAUGUGUCCCUCUUGCCAUUGUACGACCUUCAGGUGGCGGACAGCGUCAAGUACGGCGGCCUGGGCUUCAUGAUCGCGGAGGCCGCUUUCCAAUUCUUCCAGGAGCACCUGCCCGAGCAGAGCCGCUUCCGCUCCCUGCUCGAGCAGCGCACCCGCUGCUACGAGAACAGCGGCGCGCUGCGCGGACUCAAGGCAGACCCCACCAAGCACGCCGCCUUCGAGCGCACCAUCGCCCUGUCGUUCCUGUGGCAGGCGUUCCGGUCUCCUCUGCGGCGCCGUGACCCUCGCUGGCGCUUGCACGGCCUCGGCUCCUUCUCCGAGGAGCAGCUCUUCUUCGUGGCCUCCUGCUUCCCGCUCUGCGCCGGACACCAGAGCGUGGCGGCCGAGAUGGAGUGCAACGAGCCGCUCAGGCACAACCGGUACUUCCCGGGCGCCUUCCGAUGCCCCGGCGGGGCUCCCAUGAACCCGCGGCUCAAGUGCAGCGCUUUCUACUGACACCACUCGCACCACCGUCUGCAGAUUUUUUUUCUUUUGUCUUUCUGUAUAUUCCGGGACAAUGUCUGUUAGCCGUGGACUUGAGCACCACAGUACGGCGUCCCUAUUUUCCUUUUUUAAUAGUAUUUAUAACGCUACUUCUACAUUUGUUGCCUGUAGUGCAGAUCGUUCUUGAGCCUUUGUUUCCUCUUGGCGCUUUAUUGUUGAUUUGACGUUAAGCCUUUCGAUAGCACCUUCAACAGAACACUGCGGCCACCGGCGACGGCAAGCGGUUAGAAAAUAUAUUUGGAUUACUGGUUAUACUGGACAAUCGCAGGAAAAAAGAAAAUGCACGUGCUUAUUCGUACGUGCUUAUUCGCACCUAUUUAUUUGUACUGAUUGUUCCGGAGCCACGUACUGCGUUAUCUUCGAAACGUGUGUGGUAGCAUUCUUAUAUAAUCUCUAUGUUUGCACUUCGUGGGGGGGAUGCUAUAUUGGGAAGUUAUGAAGUUAUGGACAAUACAUGUCUCCACCUUCGAGGCUAACUUCACCUAGUACGUUGAUUCGUUAGCCCCAUAUUGACUCUCAAGAUGAUCAACAAUACACCAUUACCGAAAACGGUCGAACAAUAUUACAGACGCACAGGUAGAAUUUAUGAGAAAGAAAAGCAUAUGAUGUUCUGAAUCUUCUAAAAUGCGGUCGUGGUUUCGGAUGUGCAAAAAAUGGCUUACUCUCCUCCACUGAAAAAAAAAGAAAGCAUGAAAAUUUGGUCCCCAGCAUGUUUAUGGAAACUGGACCGGGUGAAUUAGGUGUCACCAGAUGUCUUAGGAGACGACGACGAAGACGGAUUGGUGGUGAUAAAAUGAGCAUUUCACCUCAUCUUCCAUAUAAAGAAAAUGAUGUCUUUUCACCGCCCGAAUCAUGGCCGAUCCCCCAGUGUGGGUUGCGCCGUUUCAACAAGGAACCAAAUCAAAAACAAGAGAAGAAAAUGUCAUUUACAUCAUUUCAUGGUACAUGGUUGGUGACUCGAUCAGAGCCCCCAGCAGUUCUGCCUAACACGAGGGUCAGGAUGGCCUUAACUGGUACAUUACCAAGAAAGCGGGGGCCUCCACAGGACAGGUCGGCUACCCCCCGUCGUUUCUCGCAUGUUUGUUUGUCCUAGUCGGCUGUGUUUGCACGCAUCGAGGUUUCAGUGCCUUAGUGUUCGCGCACUCUUUUGUCCUCUUAUCAAGUUGUGACGUCAAUAGCUUCCUCUACUUCGUGGCCUGUUUGUUGCCAGUGCACAGUUCAGGACGUGACAGGCGCCAUAGGGAUGACGUUUUCUCUUAGAGGAGGGCAAUCAGCUCGACAAGAGAAAGGGAGCUGGAGCGUUGCCCGGACUUGAGACGCCGAGUUUCAGGCCGAUCCAAACAACGCAUAGCAAGCUGACUUGCUUACACAAAACACGAUGCGCGAUAAUUAAUUCUUCGUCGUAGCUGACUUUGUUGACGCAAUUUGAGACUCUCAGCGUGCGUAAUAUUUACGCACAUGGUGCGCUUGCAUCUUUUCUUGUUUGUGCAUAUGUACAGUUAUUUUCUAGCCUAACACAAGGCUUUAAUACAGGAUUGUUCUCAACGGCUGGAUUAGGCUCAUCUAUA